GCUGGGGGGGUCACGUGGGCGCUCGGCGCGUCCUUCCGUCCGGCCGCGCGCAGAGCCCUCGCGCGGGAGGGCGAAGGCGGCGGCGCUGCCUGGCUAUGCUGGUCAGCGAGAGGGUGAAGCGCCUUUUGAAGGUGGUGCCCGGGCAGCGGCGCUUUGGCUUUUACAGGUUCCUGCCCUUCUUCUUCGUGCUCGGCGGAGCCAUGGAGUGGUUCAUGAUCAACGUCCGCGUCGGCGGAGAAACCUUCUAUGAUGUUUACCGUAGGAAAAGAUCUGAAAGACUGUACGAGGCAAGGAUGGAGAAAGGGGAAUUUUAGCUGAAUCUCUUCAGGGGGGAGCUCCUGAGUGCUUCAACUGUACACGUGCCAAAGCAGCAGCAGUGCCACGUUGACAGUGGUGGAAGAUGUUGGCUCUGCAACAUGAACUGCGAUCCACACGUUCGUGUAAUAUGCUCAGAUGGUUUGGGCAGUUUUGUUCUUCCGUAUCUGUAAUAUCUGUAUUUAAAUGAAGUGAAAAAUUCAUUCUA